GGCCUGCGUGGGCGGUGGCGUGGAGGGCAGCGGGGGGGGACACACGACGACCUGCCCCGCCUCUGGGGGACCCGACAGGGAGAGGCCACCCCCAGCGAGGUCCCCCCUGGGCUGAUGAUUUUCAGGGACUUGUUGGCAACUCAGCGAGGGUUGCCAUAGCUUUUUUAUGUAGGGUGACCAGAACCGGCUGAAACUGGUUUGAGGCAGAUCAGCUCCUGAACACAAUGCAGUCACUGAGCUACUACAGUGGGAUAGCAGCUUCCUCCCUUCAUGGCAGCCAAAAGCAGAGCGCGUGCAGGAAGGUUCCAUCCCAACACAGUAUGUGAAUGCACACUUAGACACCACACAGCACUGGUACGUGACUAAUUUAGCCCUGAAAGACUGUGUAGAGAAGAUGGAAAAAAAGGUGCAGGUUUGCAGGAUCUGAGGUUACUUGGGCUUUUCCUGCCUUUUUUCUUGUGCUUAAGGGAUGGACAAGGAGCUGAGAUUUAUGACCCUUAUUAAAGAGAGAGAGAAAGAAAGGAGAAAAAAAAAAAAUGUGUCUUGCCAGGGUGGGGACACUUGGUUUAUGCAGUCUCUCUCGCCGUUCUGUGUUUUUAACAAAACCAAACCAAAAUGAACUGGUGGGUUUGUGAUGGUAGCUUGUGUGUUGCUGGAGAAUGCUACUUUGCAUGCCUUUCUUCUCUCGCAGGCUAUGUUCUGUUUUGUGCUUUUUUCCUUUUAGAAGCUACUAAAGGGUGUUGGGGAUACUUCUGACUAUUAUGAAGGCCAAAAGGCCUGUUGACUGGGGCUGCUUUUAACCCUUUCAUAUUUGCAGAGAAUGCAACCGGGUGACAGUAACUGAACACUGGUCCAAAGUCUUUCCAAAGGGUCAAGGUUCACAAGAGCACCUGAUCAAAUUCAUGACCAUGGGGGAUAUGAAGACCCCGGACUUCGAUGACCUCCUGGCAGCGUUUGACAUCCCAGAUAUGGUCGACCCCAAAGCAGCGAUCGAGUCUGGCCACGACGACCACGACAGCCACAUGAAGCAGAACGCGCAUGGCGACGAUGACUCCCACACGCCAUCGUCCUCCGACGUGGGGGUCAGCGUGAUCGUCAAGAACGUGCGCAACAUCGACUCCACCGAGGGCGCCGAGAAGGACGGCCACAACCCCACGGGCAACGGGCUGCAGAACGGGUUCCUCACGGCGUCUUCUCUCGAGAGCUACAGCAAGGACGGAGCGAAGUCUGUGAAAGGGGACGUGCCGACCUCAGAGGGGGCUCUCAAAGACUCGGCGUUCAGCCAGUUCAGCCCCAUCUCCAGCGCCGAGGAGUUCGAUGAGGACGAGAAGAUCGAGGUGGACGACCCCCCUGACAAGGAGGACGUGCGCCCGGGCUUCAGGGCCGCCCUCUUGGCGGGCGCAGCUCCCCAGCAGGACUACGACAAGCUAAAGGCCCUCGGGGCGGAAAACGCAAGCAAAACUGGAAUCGCAUCGUCAGGCAGCACAGAGAAGAGCAAAGCUGUGAAGCGAGAGACGGAGGCCAACUCCAUCAACUUGAGUGUUUAUGAACCUUUCAAGGUCAGGAAAGCAGAGGAGAAGCUGAAGGACGGCUCGGACAAGGUGCUGGAAAACAGGGUCUUGGACGGCAAGCUGGGCUCCGAGAAGAGCGACCCUGGCCUGGCGGGCGUGGCGCCGUCCAAGACCAAGUCGUCCUCCAAGCUGUCCUCCUGCAUCGCUGCCAUCGCCGCCCUGAGCGCCAAAAAGGCGGCGUCGGACUCCAGCAAAGAAGCCGUGACCAAUUCCAGGGAGUCCUCUCCGCUACCCAAGGAGGCGAACGACAGCCCCCGAGCUGCUGACAAGUCUCCUGAAGCCCAGAGCCUCCUCGACGGCACGAAGAAGGCGAGCCUCAAGCCACCGGACAGCCCCAGGAGCGUCUCGAGCGAGAACAGCAGCAAAGGGUCCCCGUCCUCCCCCGCGGGCUCCACGCCGGCCAUCCCCAAGGUCCGCAUCAAGACCAUUAAGACGUCCUCCGGGGAGAUAAAGAGAACGGUGACGAGGGUGUUGCCGGAAGUGGAUCUCGACUCUGGGAAGAAGCCCUCUGAGCAGACGGCGUCCGUGAUGGCCUCUGUGACAUCCUUGCUGUCGUCUCCGGCGUCAGCCGCCGUCCUUUCCUCCCCGCCCAGGGCGCCUCUGCAGUCAGCAGUGGUUGCCAAUGCGGUUUCCUCCGCAGAGCUGACCCCCAAGCAGGUUACCAUCAAGCCCGUGGCCACCGCUUUCCUCCCCGUGUCCGCUGUGAAGACAGCGGGGUCCCAGGUCAUUAAUCUGAAGCUCGCUAACAACACGACGGUGAAAGCCACGGUCAUAUCUGCGGCCUCUGUCCAGAGCGCCAGCAGCGCCAUCAUCAAAGCUGCCAACGCCAUCCAGCAGCAAACUGUCGUGGUGCCAGCGUCUAGCCUGGCCAAUGCCAAACUCGUGCCAAAGACUGUGCACCUUGCCAACCUUAACCUUCUGCCUCAGGGUGCCCAGGCCACCUCGGAACUCCGCCAAGUGCUAACCAAACCUCAGCAGCAAAUAAAGCAGGCAAUAAUCAACGCGGCAGCCUCGCAGCCACCCAAGAAGGUGUCUCGAGUCCAGGUGGUGUCGUCCUUGCAGAGUUCAGUGGUGGAAGCUUUCAACAAGGUGCUGAGCAGUGUCAAUCCAGUCCCAGUUUACAUCCCAAACCUCAGUCCUCCCGCCAAUGCAGGGAUCACGUUACCGACGCGGGGCUACAAGUGCUUGGAGUGCGGCGACUCCUUCGCGCUGGAGAAGAGCCUGACCCAGCACUACGACAGGCGUAGUGUGCGCAUCGAAGUGACGUGCAACCACUGUACAAAGAACCUCGUUUUUUACAACAAAUGCAGCCUCCUGUCCCACGCGCGCGGGCACAAGGAGAAGGGCGUGGUCAUGCAGUGCUCCCACCUGAUUCUAAAGCCAGUCCCAGCAGAUCAGAUGAUCGCUUCUCCGACAAGCAAUACUUCGGCCUCCUCUGCCACUGUCCAGAGCUCCGCGGGAGCCGGCACGCACACUGUAACAAAAAUCCAGUCUGGCAUCACGGGGACAGUCAUAUCUGCUCCUUCAAGCACACCCAUCACCCCAGCCAUGCCCCUGGAUGAAGACCCCUCCAAACUCUGUAGACACAGUCUGAAAUGUUUGGAGUGUAAUGAAGUCUUCCAGGACGAGACGUCGCUGGCCACGCAUUUCCAGCAGGCUGCAGAUACGAGUGGACAAAAGACUUGCACUGUCUGCCAGAUGCUGCUUCCUAACCAGUGCAGCUACGCCUCUCACCAGAGAAUCCAUCAGCACAAAUCUCCCUACACCUGCCCCGAGUGCGGGGCCGUCUGCAGGUCGGUGCACUUCCAGACGCACGUCACCAAGAACUGCCUGCACUACACGCGGAGAGUUGGUUUUCGAUGUGUGCAUUGCAAUGUUGUGUACUCGGAUGUGGCUGCACUGAAGUCUCACAUUCAAGGCUCUCACUGUGAAGUCUUCUACAAGUGUCCUAUAUGUCCAAUGGCGUUUAAGUCUGCCCCAAGUACACACUCCCACGCUUACACACAGCACCCUGGCAUCAAGAUAGGAGAGCCAAAAAUAAUCUAUAAGUGUUCCAUGUGCGACACUGUGUUCACCCUGCAAACCUUGCUGUAUCGCCACUUUGACCAACACAUUGAAAACCAGAAGGUGUCUGUUUUCAAGUGUCCAGACUGUUCUCUUUUAUAUGCACAGAAGCAACUUAUGAUGGACCAUAUCAAGUCUAUGCAUGGAACUCUGAAAAGCAUUGAAGGGCCUCCCAACUUGGGCAUAAACUUGCCUUUGAGCAUUAAGCCUGCGACUCAGAACUCGGCAAAUCAGAACAAAGAGGACGCCAAGUCCAUGAAUGGGAAAGAGAAAUUGGAGAAGAAGUCCCCAUCUCCAGUGAAAAAGUCUGUGGAACCCAAGAAGGUGGCCAGCCCGGGGUGGACGUGCUGGGAGUGUGACCGGCUGUUCACGCAGAGGGACGUGUACAUUUCCCACGUGAGGAAGGAGCACGGGAAGCAAAUGAAGAAACACCCGUGUCGCCAGUGUGACAAGUCGUUCAGCUCGUCGCACAGCCUCUGCCGCCACAACAGGAUCAAGCACAAAGGCAUCAGGAAAGUCUACACCUGCUCGCACUGCCCGGACUCCCGGCGGACCUUCACCAAACGGCUCAUGCUGGAGAAGCACAUCCAGCUCAUGCACGGGAUCAAGGACCCCGACUUGAAGGAAAUGACAGAGGCCACCAACGAGGAGGAGACGGGAAUAAAGGAGGACGCCAAGGUGCCCAGUCCCAAGCGGAAGCUGGAAGAACCGGUGUUGGAGUUCCGGCCUCCGCGCGGGGCCAUCACGCAGCCGCUCAAGAAGCUCAAGAUCAACGUGUUUAAGGUGCACAAGUGCGCCGUGUGCGGCUUCACCACCGAGAACCUGCUGCAGUUCCACGAGCACAUCCCCCAGCACCGCUCGGACGGCUCCUCCUUCCAGUGCCGCGAGUGCGGCCUGUGCUACACGUCGCACGUCUCGCUCUCGCGCCACCUCUUCAUCGUGCACAAGCUCAAGGAGCCGCAGCCCGUGGCCAAGCAGAACGGGGCCGGCGAGGACGCCCAGCAGGAGAACAAGCCGAGCCCCGACGACGAGGCCGCGGACGGCGCCAUGUCAGACAGGAAGUGCAAAGUGUGUGCGAAAACCUUUGAAACGGAAGCUGCCUUAAACACGCACAUGCGGACACACGGCAUGGCCUUCAUCAAGUCCAAAAGAAUGAGCUCGGCGGAGAAGUAGCCGUGGCCGAGGCCUCGCCCGGGCUGCGGCUGCGGGGUCGCUCCUCGGCCGCGCCCGGGGCACAGGCCGGGACGGGGUCGUGGUCAGAGUUUGUAUAUAUUCAAAGGAAUAACUUUUUAUACUCUUUGUUACAUGUUUGUAUCAGUAUUUAGUGGAACACGUUUUCCGUUGUUUUUUUGGGUUCUUUUUUUGUACGGUUUCUUUACGACAGCGUUCUUGGUAACGGGCAGUUCCUGAAUUCAGAUCCACCCUUUUGUACCUUAUGGAUUUGGAUGUGUUCACCACGUACAGGCUAGAAUAAAGGCCUUUUUUAGUGUUUUUAAUUUUUUGGAAUUCACUACAUCCCCUGUAGGCGAGUGCGGGUCUCGGCAAACACUAGGCCCUCCCCGUGUCUCCGCCAGGCCGGAGCUGGCCGGCCGCUGGCCACCUUGCCCGCGGUGGCGAGGCAGGGGGCGAGGCUGGCUUCCGGAGCCCACAGAGACACGGAGCCGCAAGGGCUGGACUACGCCCGGCUACAACCCCGUCGUUAGACCCAGAGCUGCCUGCAGCCAGGUUUCUGUCACGUAAUUUAUUAACUACUACAGAGACACAACUAAGAAUAUAUCCAGUAUUCCUCCGGCUCUUGACAGGAAAUACAAGUCGCAGUCAACUUAACCCUUUGCUGUCCAAACAGUUGGCAAUUCCUGUUGUGGGUGCUACUGCCAAAUGUUCUGGAACCUAAGAGUUGGGAUGCACACCUCCAGCCACCGACGUAUCAAUGCAGCAGCCGGCGCCCCCGCCGUGGAUAAGCUGAGCUCCCGCAGCCCUUCGGCGGCAGCUCUCGGUGAGAGCUGUGCUUUUGGGUUUGUUUGGCGUUUUCUUUUUGCAUUUUGUAUCUUGUAUUUAUCCCGGAACACGUUUUCUACUUCUCUGUUUGUUUGUAAGACAUCCUCUUGUGUAUAUAGAGAUCCUUGCAUGAUAUACUGUAGCCAACAUCUGGUUCCUCAGAAGGUCUUGCUGCUGUCAGGUGUUUGCACUACACCCGUCGUAACUGUAUUAAACACAUUUCAGAUGUAAAUAAACGUGGGACGUUUGGCCCUUGUGCUUCUGAGCGCGCGUUCUUGCUGGCGGGUCUCUGGCACCUCCGUGAUGCUUAGGAAGCCACGGUGGUCCUGCUCCGGGCCCCGGGGAAGGAGGGCACCUCCGUUCUCUGUAACCAGCCCUUCCUCACUCGCUCGUCGGCUCCACCAGGACAUCGGUACAACCCAAGGGCGGGAUAAGCAUUCCUCAACUUGAAAAGUCAAUUGCUGUUACUUGUUCUAGUUCCCUGUAUUGCUCCAAGCUGUACUCAUAGCACUUUCAUAUGUCUCUGCAUCUGGACUUUGCAAUAAGCCCGUGUGGUGGGCCACACAGGUCUGAAGAGCCUCGUUUUAUGGUCAAGGGAGCCGAGCUCAGAUGAACUGCUUUGCCUAACCCCUCACAGGCGGUCAGUGGCUUUGCAUAUGAGAACCCAAUACUUUGCUCUCAAUCUAGUGCUCGCUCUAUGUGGUUAUGUACAUAUUGGCAAAUAUUCAGCUAUGCGACAAUAAAACGUAUGUGCAA